UUUACAUUUUACUCAACUGCGUUUCCCACUCCAGUCAGCUAAUGGCGGUCUGCGACUUUAAGGCAAUGCUGCUACUGUGACGUGUAAUCUAGUGGACGGAACGCUUCUUUCAACAGCAGCAACAGUUCGUCAGCCACCUCGGUAGCUUGCUAGCCAAAAUAUACGAACCAAUAAAGCUCUUUAGACGCUUUAGUGUAUAUUAGCCACUGUAUUUUAAACCCACUUCUGUCGUCUAGUUAGUUAUCCGUUUUAAUUUCAUAUUUACGGUAUUGUUUUUAUUAUUCAUCUAGCGGGCUGGUUAAGUUAGCAUUAGCCUAGCUAGCUAACAUCUCCAACCAUGAGGUCACUAAGCUACUCUCUUGUUAAUGAAGAGAAGGACUGCUGGACGGAGAAAGAUGCUCUCGUCAAAGAGGAGAAGGAAGAGAAGGAUAUCACAGUAAAACAAGAAGUAGAGGGUGAGGCUGUUACAGUGAAAGAAGAAGAGAAAGACGUUACAGUGAAAGAAGAGGAAGAGGCGUUCAGAGUGAAAGAGGAAGAGGAUGUUACAGUAAAAGAAGAGGAGGAAGAGAAAGAGGAAGCUGCAGUUUUUGGAGUGAAAGAGGAGGAUGGGGAGAUGACUGUCACAUUGGAAGAAGAGGAGGAGGAAACUGAAUAUCUGGGCUCGGUUUCCCAAACGCAUCUUAAGGCAUCCAAUGGUUCUAACGAUGAACGGGCCCUGAUUAACACUACCCAACCAGAAGAGAAGAAACUCUUCCUGAACCACCACCUCUUGCUGUCCUUCAUACAUUCUGAAGUUGCUGGAGAGAUAAGGGACUAUCGUGGAUCCUCUGGGGAGCCUCAACAACCUCAUGAUGCUGACGAGGCAGAGAAGAAUCUCUCCAGAUCAGAACUCCUCAAGAAACACCUGCAGAGAUCCACAGGGAAGAUAACUCACUGCUGCUCUGACUGUGGGAAGAGAUUCACCUCCUCAGGCAUUAAAAUUCAUCAGAGAACACACACAGGAGAGAAAUCUUAUAGCUGUGGUCAAUGUGGGAAGAGUUUUACUACAUCUAUCCAGCUGACUUUACACCAGAGAACACACACAGGAGAGAAACCUUAUAGCUGUGAUCAAUGUGGGAAGAGUUUUGGUAGAUCUGGCCAGCUGACAUCACACAAGAGAACACACACAGGAGAGAAACCUUAUAGCUGUGGUCAAUGUGGGAAGAGUUUUGGUAGAUCUGACCAGCUGACAUUACACCAGAGAACACACACAGGAGAGAAACCUUAUAGCUGUGAUCAAUGUGGGAAGAGUUUUACUACAUCUGGCCAUCUGACUUUACACCAGAGAACACACACAGGAGAGAAACCUUAUAGCUGUGAUCAAUGUGGGAAGAGUUUUGGUAGAUCUGGCCAGCUGACAUCACACAAGAGAACACACACAGGAGAGAAACCUUAUUGCUGUAAUCAAUGUGGGAAGAGUUUUACUGAAUCUUGCUCUCUGACUAAACACCAGAGAACACACACAGGAGAGAAAUCUUAUAGCUGUGAUCAAUGUGGGAAGAGAUUUACUACAUCUAGCUCUCUGACUUCACACCAGAGAACACACACAGGAGAGAAACUUUUUAGCUGUGGUCAAUGUGGGAUGAGAUUUACCAGAUUUAGAUAUCUAACUAUACACCAGAGAAAACACACAGGACAGAAACCUUAUAGCAGUAAUAAAUGUGGGAAGAUAUAGCUGUGACCAGAGAUAAUCUGAUAAAAGAUCUCGGAUUCAACAUCAGAAAAUACAUGUUAUAUAAUAAAUUGGUCUAUAAUCAAUUUUAUGAACAAUCCUACAUCACUCCAGUAUUUAUUGAAAACAUUCAAGUGCUAAUUGUCUUUAUUCCACUACUGAAGAAGCAUGACUCAAAUCACCUCAUACUUCAAACAUUCAGCCUGACAAAAGAUACAUGUUUUAUUAUUCCAUGCCUCACCAUUAAGUUAAUUAUUGCCAAUAUAUAUUAACAAAGGGGUGUACAUUUGGUUUUGAUUUUCAUAUUUACAAUUUAUGUAACAUUUAGUCAUAGUUAUUUAUGCAACCAGCUGACAAUUUUUGGGUACUAUUAUAUUGAAAUUGUUAUCCUGCUUUUAGAAUAUCAGGGAUCAUUCUCAGAUGUACCAACCCACAUGUACUAGAGCACAGGUGUCAAACUCAUUCCACCGGGGGCCGAGUGUCUGCGGGUUUUCGCUCCUCCCUUGUACUUGAUUGAUGAAUUAACAUCACUAAUUAGUUAGGAACUCCCCACACCUGGUUGUCUAGGGCUUUAUUGAAAGGAAAAACCAAAAACCUGCAGACACUAGGCCCUCCGUGGAAUGACAUGACAUUGGGGACUGGGCCCCGAUCCAACAACAUGCCUAUCGAGUGAACCCUGAAAAGAGAGAGAAGCUCGGGAUAUUGCAGGAGCUCUUGAAAUCAGACAUGACUAAUACAAUUUGAUUUGAGUUUUGUCCAAGGUGAUGAGAGUUUUAGAAGCUGGUGAGUUUUAGGAUUCUAUAGAAAGUAAUUAUAUUUUUUUCAUUUAUGUUUUGAGGUUGGACUUUAGCACGUAUAGCUCGUCAGCACGUCCAGCUUGUCAGCACGUCUAGCUCGUUAGCAAGUAUAGCUCGUUAACACCAAUCAAUGCGCCCUACGUGCUAUCUCGUUAGUCAGUAUGUGUUACACCUGUGCUGGCUUGUCCAUCUCGUUAGUGGGCAGGUGUUUCACCUGAGCUGGUCCAGGUUCUAUUUAAGAGUGUCUGGCCCAGUGCUCCAGUUGUCUUGAUAGAUGUGGAGAGUCAACACCUUUAGUUGCUCCACUUUUUUGGUUUGCUUCCUGUCUUUAAGUUUGUUGUAGGUUUUUCUUUUGUUUGCUUCUUCUUGGACAGAUUUAGUGGGUCUCAUGGUUGGUGUCUUUUAGGUCCCAGUUGUUGUUACUAGUCAACUUUCAGUGGACACCCCCAUAAUGUCUUUGAGAACCCCUCCUAAAAAACAAGCUUAUAUUUUGGGUUGGAUAUUUCAUCCAAUUAGUGUUUUAAUCAAUGGCAUUUCCUUAGAAUGCUCAUUGGUCUUUCAGUUUUUAAA